AUAAAAUGGAGAAAAUAGAGCCGUACUCUGCCCCUGUUAUGUACAAGAAUAGGAGCUUUAAAGGAGGCUUUGUAUGUGGUUGUGGAGAUGAAAUUGACCAAGAGUUCAUGAGUGUUCACCUUAACGAUUGUGAUGUCAUGCAAGACCAAUACGGGAAUGUAUUCCACGCCCUAAAUGUCUUGAUAGAAGAUUCCCCCUUUAGCGGAACCCUCAACAAUAUUCAGGCUAUCUCAACGUUUUUUAAAAACAAGCUGCAAAGAGUGAUAUCCCAGGAUACAAUGCCUGCUAAAGAUGACGAAGGUGACAUCAUAAUGGAUCCAGAUAACAUCGAAGAAAAUGGCAAUGUCGGUCAUGAAGAAGAUGGGCUCUUCAUGAGCUGUACUAAGUGCCUUAAGAAGUUUGAUGACUUUGACAUGAGCCAACUGGUCUUCCUAGAAUCAUGUUCUCAUAUCCUGUGUAAAGGAUGUUUUGAGCAAAUUGUCAGAAGGGGCUACAUCAAAAAUCAGAUGGCACAAUGCACUAAAUGAAAUACCCAGAUUCCUGAAUAUGAGAUUAAAGGAAUCAUUGGUCAAGAAGUAUUCGAGGCUAUACAGCAUGAUUCACUCAAAGCAAUUGUUGAAGGAGAUGUGUCAAUGGUAGUUUGACCAUGUGGGAAUGCAAUGACAGUUGAAGAAGGGAAAGUUGACUAUAAUGUGAAGAAUGAUAAGGGAGAGGUUAUCUCAAGAAAAGCAGCAGAGCAUAUGAGUAAAUAUAGAGUUAGAUGUGGAGGAUGUAAAGAAAAUUUCUGAACAGGUUGAAAUGCACAGCCUUAUCACAUUGGUAAAACUUGUGAAGAACACAAAGAGUUCUCUGAAGCCAUCAAAUGAAGAUUCUGAAAUGAACCCAUCCAAGCUGGUCAUGCUGGUGGGGCCUUCAAAGAUGUAUGCAACAAGCCUGACUGUAAAAACAUGGUAAAACAGUCCUGAGACAAAGUCCUUGAAUGUGGUCACCCAUGUAAAGGAUUUGCCAGAGAGAAACAGUGCCUUCCGUGUCUGCAUCCUGAGUGUGUUGAGAAAGACCCCAACAAUACAAUGGGUGAAGACGACGACUCGUUCUGCUCAAUCUGUUUUGUGGCUGGACUCGGAGAACAGCCCAGCAUCAAAAUUGAUUGUGGCCACAUAUUCCAUGUUGAGUGCAUUGCUGAGAAGAUCAGACAGGGCUGGUCAGGACCCAGAAUAACGUUUAUGUUCAAGACCUGACCGAGCUGCAAACAAGAAGUCAAGGCUCCAUACCACCCUGAAAUCGACUCAUUGCUUGAAGAUGCAUGUAAACUCGAACAAGAAAUCAAAACCAAAGCUUUAGAGAGAGCCAAGCACGAAGGACUCGACAAAGACGAGCGACUCAAGAAGCCUGGAGACGCAUACUACGAAGACCUGGAAGGCUACGCCAUGGCGAGACUGUCCUACUACACAUGUUACGAAUGCAAGGCGCCUUACUUCGGAGGCCUCAAAGACUGUGGAAACUUGUUGGAAGCAGAAGCCAACUUUAAGGAAGAAGAACUGGUGUGAGGAAAGUGAUCGGCAAAGAACUUGGAUGGACAGGUGGACUGACCAAGGCAUGGGAAGGAUUAUAUCGAAUUUAAAUGCAGAUAUUGUUGAAGCCUUUCGCAAUGGUUCUGCUUCGGAACAACACAUUUCUGCGACCCUUGUCAUCGAGUAGCAGGAAACAACAAAGUUGCAAAAUGUCCUGGUCCAGGAAAGUGCGGGCUUACGAUAGACCAUCCUGACAAUGGAGAAGAAUUCGCACUAGGAUGUGGGUUAUGAAGAAAUGCAGUUUUUAAAGAGUACUAAACAUGCAAAUCAGCUAA